UCGGUCUCCAAUCAGAUGGACUUUGGGUUCAUGUUUCAUCUACAUGGAAACUACUAAGCAACUCCUGGAUAUGAUCCAUGAAGUGAUUACUAGGCCUAUGGGGGGUUUACCUAUGGAUGCUGUAAUUCCUGCGCCGGGCCCCCGUCAGGUACCUGCCUCACCCCUGCUACGGAGUACAAUCGAGCACAACAACAACAACAACAACAAUCGCCACUAUUAUCUCCUGUGUACCAAUUAUGAUGUCCGAAGACAAUGGUAAUUUUCCCUAUCAUGAUUGUUCUUCUCAAUGGUCAUCUGAAAAUUCUCUACUGUGCACUGAUUACCACUACAGCCUACUUCAUGGUGUGUGGAAUCUCCGACCGGGUUUACCAGCCUCGCCCUAGACUGCGCAUGGGUACAUUUGAGGACGCUGAUCAGAAUGGAGCCCUUUCGACGAUGGUCUUCUUACUACGUUGUUUGUAUCCCAGGCCCCUCUUCGACGGAAUUAUCGGAAUUCCGUUGGUCGGAUUUCAUCAAACUGCGCGAACGAUGUCUUGGUCUAUUAUUUAUAGACACCGUGUCUCCGGUUUGCCCUUCUUCAUCUCUUCAGUUCUUCACUUGCACACCAAUCGGAUGUCAUGGCAAGUAAUGGCACCUCCAGUCGCACUGCUAAACUUGAAGCUGAUCUCCCGCCUCCCAGCAAUGAGACAUUUUUUAAUUACUCCCCUAAGGGAGGAAUUGGACCGCCAGGAUGUAACAUGCAUGGAUAGGCAAGACAACAGCGUAUAGAUAUGUUCAGGCCGGACCACUCAACGGCCCUUCAUGGAACGGAAGCUGUCGCGUUAGAUGGUAGGCUUCCCCUUCCUCCUGUACUCCGUACCUUGGGGGUGCUUGGGAGUCUGGGUCGGGAUACGGAGCCUGAAACAGGCUAAC